UGUGGGUAACUGGGGCCGCCAGGUGACAGCUAAUGGCGGCGACCGCCUGAGGCGGGCGGCAAAACCGGGCUGUAGGAGUCGCGCGGUGGAAUCUUCCCGGCCACCGCUCCCUUCCGGACUGUGGCUUCCCGGUGGCGGCAGGGCUCGGCGCGCCAUGGACAGGCCGGCGGCGGCAACGGCGGCGACGGCGGCGGGCUGCGAGGGCGGAGGGGGCCCGAACUCGGGGCCGGCGGGCGGCAGGAGGCCUCCUAGGGCCGUGGGGGGCGCCACCGCCGGCUCCCGGCAGCCCAGCGUGGAGGCCCUGGACAGUCCUACAGGAUCACAUGUUGAAUGGUGUAAACAGCUUAUAGCUGCUACAAUUUCUAGUCAGAUUUCAGGUUCUGUGACAUCAGAAAAUGUAUCCAGAGAUUACAAGGUUUUCAGGAGGCCUGAUAUAAGGAGUGUUCAUAAAGCAAGACAAAGAUUGGAGAUUCAGGAAGAACACAAUGGCUACCCUUCUGAAGCUGAAGCUGAUCAGGUGGCUCUGAGGGAUGGAAAUAAAUUGGCACAGAUGGAAGAAGCACCACUUUUUCCUGGAGAAUCAAUUAAAGCCAUUGUGAAAGAUGUCAUGUAUAUCUGCCCAUUUAUGGGAGCAGUGAGUGGAACCCUGACAGUGACGGAUUUUAAGAUGUACUUCAAAAGUGUAGAGAGGGAUCCACAUUUCAUCCUUGAUGUUCCCCUUGGAGUGAUCAGCAGAGUUGAGAAGAUUGGAGCACAGAGCCAUGGAGAUAAUUCUUGUGGCAUAGAGAUCGUGUGCAAGGAUAUGAGGAACUUACGACUUGCUUAUAAACAGGAAGAACAGAGUAAGCUAGGAAUAUUCGAAAACCUUAACAAACAUGCAUUUCCCCUUUCCAAUGGGCAGACACUAUUUGCAUUCAACUAUAAAGAAAAAUUUCCAAUUAAUGGCUGGAAAGUUUAUGAUCCAGUAUCUGAAUAUAAGAGACAGGGCUUACCAAAUGAGAGUUGGAAAAUAUCCAAAAUUAACAGUAAUUAUGAGUUCUGUGACACCUACCCUGCUGUCAUUGUUGUGCCAACUAGUGUAAAAGAUGAUGACCUUUCAAAAGUGGCAGCCUUUCGAGCAAAAGGCAGAGUCCCUGUGUUGUCAUGGAUUCAUCCAGAAAGUCAGGCAACGAUUACCCGUUGCAGCCAGCCUCUCGUGGGUCCCAAUGAUAAACGCUGCAAAGAGGAUGAAAAAUACUUACAAACAAUAAUGGAUGCUAAUGCACAAUCACACAAACUCGUCAUCUUUGAUGCUCGACAGAAUAGCGUUGCUGAUACCAACAAGGCAAAGGGUGGAGGAUAUGAAAGUGAAAGUGCUUAUCCAAACGCAGAACUUGUGUUCUUGGAGAUCCACAACAUUCACGUGAUGAGAGAGUCACUACGUAAAUUAAAAGAGAUAGUGUACCCUUCGAUUGAUGAGGCACGGUGGCUGUCCAACAUGGACGGGACACAUUGGUUGGAAUAUAUAAGGAUGCUUCUGGCUGGGUCAGUAAGAAUUGCUGAUAAAAUAGAAUCUGGGAAAACCUCCGUGGUGGUACAUUGCAGUGAUGGUUGGGACCGAACAGCCCAGCUCACGUCUCUGGCUAUGCUGAUGUUGGACAGUUAUUACCGGACUAUUAAAGGAUUUGAAGCUAUCAUAGAAAAGGAGUGGAUAAGCUUUGGACAUAGGUUUGCACUGCGAGUGGGCCACGGUAAUGACAACCAUGCUGACGCCGACCGCUCUCCAAUAUUUCUUCAGUUUAUUGAUUGUGUUUGGCAAAUGACAAGACAGUUUCCUUCAGCGUUUGAGUUUAACGAACUAUUUUUGAUUACAAUUUUGGAUCACCUUUAUAGCUGUCUCUUUGGGACCUUUUUGUGCAACUGUGAACAACAGCGAUUCAAAGAGGAUGUAUGUACAAAGACUAUUUCUCUAUGGUCAUAUAUCAAUAGCCAGCUAGAUGAAUUCUCCAAUCCCUUCUUUGUGAAUUAUGAAAACCAUGUGUUAUAUCCUGUUGCUAGUCUGAGUCAUUUGGAAUUGUGGGUAAACUAUUACGUACGAUGGAAUCCACGGAUGAGACCUCAGAUGCCAAUCCAUCAGAAUCUCAAGGAGCUGCUGGCCGUCAGAGCAGAGCUGCAGAAGCGGGUAGAGGACCUCCAGCGGGAGGUGGCCACACGUGCCAUCUCAUCCUCGUCCGAGCGGGGCUCCUCACCUUCCCACUCAGCCACUCCCAUUCACACCUCAGUCUGACAGGCAAGGCCAGCCAUCUCAGGCCAUCCUGCUGCUCCACUGUCUCUUGGUGGCUCAGGAAAGGGACCUGGUACUAGCUGUUAUGGCGGUAGCUUGUGAUCUUGUCUUUUAGUAUUAGGCCCAGAGACCAUUUAUGUGUUUGGGUGACAGCCCCCACUGUUGGCAAGUGCUUAUUGUUUUGUGAACAGCCUGUUACCUUCCUGUCAGUGGUUUCACUAGAGACAUCUGUCAUGCCCACUGUGUGAAGUGACUUCCUAUCAUCCAGGCAGCUUGGGAGAAACCAGAGUGAAUGGAACGCAGUACUUAAGUCUCAUGCCAUUUCUUUCCAAGUUACAUCUUUCACUGAAAACAAACACCAUUCACUUAAAGAACACAUUGCCAGCAACAUGGUUUCCUUCAGGUUGUUGCCACAAUGUGGAAACUGGUUCUUAAAUAUUUAGGGGAGAAGACAAACCAUUGCCAUCUAUUCUAUGGUUCUCUUUGUGCAAGGAGUCCUCAUGUUAACAAUUACUGUUGUGUACAUAUACAUAUAAGGUAUUUUUUAAAAAAAGAAACAUGCUUUUAUUUUCCUAUGUCCUUUUUUAUGUUUAGUCACCUGAGGAGGUAUCAGCAUAACUGGACUGUGUGAGAAAUUAUUUUCCACUAAACCUCAUGCUAAUUUUGAUGUGGUACAUUUGAAAUGGUUUGAACACGGUUGCUUUGGCAAUGUGUCAUGUCCUCACCUGACCCUGGUACUGGCCUCCUGAGGCGGCUAGGUGCAUCACUGGGGAGGGCGUGCACCUGGAUGCUCAGUCCCUGGCUCUUCUGAGGGGAAGCUGUGCCCAGGUGCUGGCCACCUGGCCGUCACUCCUGGGCCGUCGGACCUUGCUUCCCUCACCUCUUUACAGAUGCUGGCUGCUUGUGUCAAGCAAGCCUACCUUUCUCCGUUCUAUGCCUGUAUGAAAUAAUAUCUCAUUUUAUGCCAUGGCUGCCUGUCAAUGUUUGAAAGCAACCACUGUACCAUGGCUUCGGUUUGGAAAAGCAUAGCACGCAUUUUCUGCGGUUUUUCCCUUCUCAGAGCCGACCGCAGCCUCUCCUCCCACUUUUGCACCUUCAUUUAGCAACUUUGAGCUCUGUGAUGCCAUAAGUCCUUGCAGGAAUUAGUUUACCAUCAGCUGGUCCCAUCUGCUAGAGCAUUAGAGCCCUUAGCUGCUCUGUGUGACACGUGCCACAGUGAAUACUGCACGUUUGGGUCCGCACUAGCAGGCCACACCCCUUCCCUUGAGCUGUGUACCCUGCGGCAGCUCACCUGGACCCCACCAGCCUGAGGCUCGCCUUUUGAGCCAGAGGUGGCCUCAGAAGCUCAUAAGGCAGUCCUGAGUACACCUGCAUCACAGUAUUAGCUGGUUGGUUUCAAAUUAUUGGAUUCAAUGCAAAGUCCUACGUAUUGACCUUAUUUGAAAAUAUAUUAAAUGUUUUUAUGGUCAAAUACAUAGAGAAUAGAUUUUUUUGUUUGUUUUUUUACAUUUGGAACUUUCUGAUUCUUAGAGAAAAUGAUACCAGAAAAAUUUCUUCAAUGUAAUUUGAUAACCUAAAGUCAAUUCUCCAUUUUUAUCAUCUGGGGAAUUUGUUUCUAAAUUGUAGUGCAAUUGCUAUUAGCUUAUAUGUUCCCAACAUAUCUGAAAGUACAUAAACUGGAUAUUUUCAUUGAUAAUUUUUUUUUAAAUGAAGACAUUUCCCAUUUUCUUCCCAGAAGUAGCGUUUAAUUCCCCAGCCAACUAGGAUUAUUAAAUGUAGUGUAUGCUUUUGACAGAGCCAGAGAAGCGAAGCUGGGAGAACCUGACACCCAGACUGGGCCCUAUGAACCCUCACCAGGUGGAGGGGACUCUGCCAGUGGGAUCCCUAGAGACUCCCAUUCGAUUUUAAAGCAGCACAAUGGAUCAUUUUCUGUCAUAUGUUCCUAGCACAGGACUGUUUCUAAAACAACUUGAAGCAUAGUUUUAUUAUCUAAGCAUUUUUUUUUUGCUUUAUUAAAGUGUACUAGGAUGUGAAACCUGUAUGGUUCAGGUUUUUAAAAACUGGUACAGUAUUGUAUUCAUCUCAUCUGAUACACUGUAUUUCAGUCUGUAAUUAAAAUGUUUGCUCCCUGCUC